GGGAUGAGUAUGUGAGACUCCAUAUCCAACUGAUCAGUUCCUCUUCUUUCUUUUUUGGGUUUGGUCUUCCCCAAUGAAGAUCUCUCAUCUGUGCCUCUUCUUGUCCUUGUUGAUCUUUGGAGCCAGCAGCUUUUGCUACGCCGAUGAUCAUAAGACAGUUGAGGUAGUUGGUUUUGGAGAAUGUACCGACUGUGCUGAGAAGAGCAUUAAGACCAUUCAUGCUUUUUCAGGUCUAGGUGUUACAAUCGACUGCAAGACCGAAAGCGGCAACUUCGAGAGGAGAGGAGCCGGCAAGUUCAAUGAGGAAGGCAAGUUUUCGGUGUCGAUCCCGAAAGAGAUUGUGAAAGAUGGAGGAUUGAAGGAGGAGUGCUAUGCACAGCUCCACAAUGCAAAGGCCACACCAUGUGGUGCUCAUGAUGGACUUGAUUCCACCAAAGUGGUGUUCAUUUCUAAAAACAGUGAUGGCAAACAAACCUUUGGAAUUGCCGGUACUAAACUGAAAUUCUCACCAGCUACAUGCCCUUCUGCUUUCUUUUGGCCUCACUUUAAACACCCUCUUCCCAAAUUGACCAAACCACACCCUUUCUUUAAACACCCUCUUCCCAAAUUGACCAAACCACACCCUUUCUUUAAACACCCUCCAAUUUUCCCUUUCCCUCCAAAAAUUUACCCUCCAUUCCCACCCAAGGUCACUAUUCCUCCAUUCUAUAAGAAACCCUUCCCUCCCAAGGUCACUAUUCCUCCAUUCUAUAAGAAACCCUGCCCUCCCAAGAUCCCUAUUUUCAAGAAGCCUCUCCCCCCACCAGUCCCAGUUUAUGUAAAGCCCCUCCCUCCACCAGUCCCAGUUUACCAAAAGCCUCUCCCUCCACCAGUCCCAGUCUACAAGAAGCCACUCCCUCCACCAGUCCCAGUCUACGAGAAACCAAACCCUCCACCAGUUCCAGUCUACAAGAAACCAUGCCCUCCACCAGUUCCAGUGAAGAAACCACAACCUCCACCAGUCCCAGUUUACAAAAAGCCCCAUCCUCCAAAAGCACCCAAAAAAGUAUGCCCUCCACCAGUCCCUGUCAAGAAGCCAACUCCACCACCAGUCCCUGUGUACAAAAAGCCACUUCCACCGCCGGUUCCGGUGUACACAAAACCGCUUCCACCGCCGGUUCCGGUGUACACAAAACCGCUUCCACCGCCGGUUCCCGUGUACACAAAACCGCUUCCACCACCUGUCCCAGUGUACACAAAACCACUGCCACCUCCAAUCCCAUUUUACAAGCCAAAACCGCACCCAUGGUUCAAGCCAAAGCCACACCCAUGGUUCAAGCACCCAUUCUUGAAGCCUCUGCCUCCAUUCCCCAAGAUCCCUCAUCAUCCUUUCUUUAAGAAACCACCACCAUACCCACCACAGAGUACUUCUCCCAAGGUUUAAUUUGCUUGCCCUAGACUGCAGGCCUUCAUUUAUUUGUUUACAUGUAACUAGCUGCAGGAUGAUGAAUAUUGUUGUGUGAUGAUCAAGCCACUUGCAUGAGUGGAAUAAUAAAUUAUAAUUCCUUCAAGCCAUAGAGAGAUAGAAAUCGAGGAGCAGUACUGUUGUUAUAGAGAAAGUGAUAUCAGGAUAACUGAGAGAGUGCAAGUGAGAGAGGGUCCGUACUGCAAGUGAAACAAAGUGUUUCUUGAUUCUAUUUAUUGAUGAGUUUGACUUGUGUUGAUUGUGUUUCUAGUUCUACGCGUAUACCGUAUACGUACGUCUGUAAUCUGCAAUAAUGUUUGUAAAUAAAAAUUUCAGUCUUUCAGAUGC